AUGACCCUCUCCGGCGGCGGCAGCGCCAGCGACAUGUCCGGCCAGACGGUGCUGACGGCCGAGGACGUGGACAUCGAUGUGGUGGGCGAGGGCGACGACGGGCUGGAGGAGAAGGACAGCGACGCGGGCUGCGAUAGCCCCGUGGGGCCGCCAGACCUGCGCCUGGACGAGGCGGACGAGGUGACGCCGGCGGCACCCCACCAUGGGCAGCCUCAGCCGCCGCACCAACAGCCCCUGGCAUUGCCCAAAGAGGCGACUGGAGCCGGCGCUGGGCCAGGGGGCGAGGCGGGCGCUUCCGAAGCUGACGGCUGCAAGGGCGGCGUUGGCGGCGAGGAGGGCGGCGGGAGCGGCGGCGGGCCCGGCUCGGGCAGUGGUGCAGCGGGAGGCCUGGCUCCCAGUAAGCCCAAGAACAGCCUGGUGAAGCCGCCCUACUCGUACAUCGCGCUUAUCACUAUGGCUAUCCUGCAGAGCCCGCAGAAGAAGCUGACCCUGAGCGGCAUCUGCGAGUUCAUUAGCAACCGCUUCCCCUACUACCGGGAGAAGUUCCCCGCCUGGCAGAACAGUAUCCGCCACAACCUUUCGCUCAACGACUGCUUUGUCAAGAUCCCCCGCGAGCCGGGCAACCCGGGCAAGGGCAACUACUGGACCCUGGACCCGCAGUCCGAGGACAUGUUCGACAACGGCAGCUUCCUGCGGCGCCGGAAACGCUUCAAGCGCCACCAGCAGGAGCACCUGCGCGAGCAGACGGCGCUCAUGAUGCAGAGCUUCGGCGCUUACAGCCUGGCCGCGGCGGCUGGCGCCGCGGGGCCCUACGGCCGCCCCUACGGCCUGCACCCCGCGGCCGCGGCCGGCGCCUACUCUCACCCGGCUGCCGCGGCAGCCGCGGCGGCGGCGGCGGCGCUCCAAUACCCCUACGCGUUGCCGCCCGUGGCACCCGUGCUGCCGCCUGCCGUGCCGCUGCUGCCCUCGGGCGAGCUGGGCCGCAAAGCGGCCGCCUUUGGCUCACAGCUCGGCCCGGGCCUGCAGCUGCAGCUCAACAGCCUGGGCGCCGCCGCGGCCGCCGCGGGCACGGCGGGCGCCGCGGGCACCACCGCGUCGCUGAUCAAGUCCGAGCCGAGCGCGCGGCCGUCGUUCAGCAUCGAAAACAUCAUCGGCGGGGGCCCCGCGGCGCCUGGGGGCUCGGCAGCGGGCGCUGGGGGCGCCGGGGUAACUGGGGGCACUGGGGGCGGUGGGGGCGGCAGCGCGGCGCAGUCCUUUCUACGGCCGCCCGGGACCGUGCAGUCCGCGGCGCUCAUGGCCACGCACCAGCCGCUAUCGCUGAGUCGGACGACGGCCACCAUCGCGCCCAUCCUGAGCGUGCCGCUCUCUGGACAGUUCCUGCAGCCCGCAGCCUCGGCCGCCGCUGCUGCCGCAGCUGCAGCGCAAGCAAAGUGGCCCGCUCAAUAGGGACGCGCCGAUGGCCGGGACCGAGGGCCGGGUGGCGACCUGGGGCGGCGGCUGCACUUCUAGUUUACGCGCCCCGCCCCGGGCCCGGCCCCCCUGCGCAAUCCCGGAUUCUGCCUCUCCUCCCCCCCGACCCCUCAACACCGACCUUCGGCGGCCUCCACCCCCUCGCGCACACCUAGGCUGGCGGAGCAAACUCUCACCGCACGCCCGCCGGGAAUAGCUUUCCGUACAGGUAAAACUGAAAACCGAAUUUUCCAAAAAUGUACCCCGACGGCUCCUGCUCUCAGUACCGUGGGUAUGGGAGGGAAAUUCUUUGUACAUAUUUGUAUAAAAAUUACUGACUUUCCUUUUGGGGUUCUUAUUUUUUUAAGAAAAAACAAAUUCAGUAGAUUUAGAGCUCUGAACUUUCAUUUUUUUUGAAGGUUCACUCUCCGCAGUUUUAUGUGAGAAAAAAAUGUAUAGAGACGUUGGGAGAUUUUAAAUAUAAAAAUUUUUCGAAAGGCGAAAA